GCAAGCAAGCAAAUCACAAGCAAGCAAAUCAUAAGCAAGCAAAUCACCAACAAUCCGUUCCAGAAAAAACAGAAUGACUCGCUACAGUGUGAUGAAACAAAGGGCCAGUCGCCACCCUCAACGAUACCCGACAGCGUGCCGCUUGUGUGACGCAAGGCACCCAGUACGCCUCUGCCCCGUCUUCCGGGGAAAAAGCCCGAUUGAGCGGCUUCGGGAAGCGCUUCUGGGUCACUAUUGCGCCAAUUGCUUGUCAAUGGCCCACAAUUCGCGCAAUUGCACAAGCGAAGGAAGGUGCAGACGAUGCGGCGACCACCAUCACACCAUGCUGCAUAUUUCGGAGGAGCGACGCUCGUGGAGCCAACAAGUCGCUGAAGAAGACAGCGACGUGGUAUCAGUCAAUGCGUCGGACGAUCUUGCGGAGACACCGAUUCCCGAUCAAACCACGGCUGGAGCGGAAACUAGGCCUUUUCGCCCAGUUGUGGCCGCAGCGGGAACCAGGCCUCGCCGUACUACCGUCGGCAGGGGAUCGGAGACCAGGCCUCUUCGACCCCUGCUACAACACGAGCGUCGGCGCGAGCGUGAAUCGGAGACAACGCCUCUCCAUACCAGAAUGGACAGGGGAUCGGAGACCAGGCCUCUUCGACCCCAGCUACAACACGAACGUCGGCGCGAGCGUGGAGCGGAAACUAGGCCUUUUCGACCACGCACGCGAACGACGUUAGUGCGCCAACAACCACGACGCAAUGCUCGACUGGCGACUCGGCCUCGCCAGCGAGCAUUACCACCCGCAUUCCGCGCCGGCGACCUCAUUCCAGGCCACGCGCUACGCCCAGUGGCGACGAUUAUGCCAACCGCCGUCAUCAAAAUUGAGGCUGGGGGACGCCUUCAUCUGGUGCGCGCCCUCAUCGACGCGUGCCUCCCAGUCACCAUCAUUGCGAGCGGCCUCGCAAGGGACCUAGGUCUAUUAAGCACCCAGGUAGGAGGCCAAAGGGGAUGCGUGAUAACGAUUCGCGGAAGGAACGGCAGUCAGAAGCGCGUUGUCACACAUGCUGCGGUGGUACCGGAAUUUCAGCGCGUCACCCCCUUCCGAAGCGUCGACCCGGGUAUAGCGGCGCCUUACAUACAUAUGAGGCUGGCGGACUCCAAAUUUUUCGAGUCCACUCCUAUCCGCCUAGUGAUAGGAGCAGAAAUAUACGCCAGCGUGAUGACACAGGAGACCCUGCCACGCUCUCUCAGCACCCUGAUGGCGCAGGGCUCUAUAUUUGGAUGGGUACUGUCCGGGGUCUGCCCGCUCCACUAAACUUUUUAUUUUUUAUUUUGUAUAAAACAAAGCUGGAAUCAAUAAAUUGAAAUAUAAUAAAUUUUACUUUUUGUGUGCUAAUAAAUCCACGUACAUAAAAUUACAUAUCUUUGCAGCAUUUCAGACGGCACCAGCAGCCUCCGAUGUCUCAUUUAUACCGAACGUUGGCUGACACCUCUGUCCUGAAAUAAUCAUUGCUUAUCGCAAGGGGGCCGGCAUGUUUAGGCCGCACCCUAAUAUUAAAUAUAAAUUUUUAGCCACCCUAAUGGUAACUGCGCCUACCGUUCCGACUGUUGCUAACCACCGUUUCCAGUCGCUGCAACGUGAAGGCCGUUAACCCUGGCAUUUCCCCGCCGAACAGUUAAAACGUUUACCGUGUUAAACGUUGUUCGGCGAGGUUACUUUCUUUCUAAUUUUUAACUAAAACUUUCACUUGGAUUGUACAAUCAGGAGCCACCAGACGUG